CAAAAGAACAAAGUCAGUUCUCGUGCCUCGCGACGUUUCAGCCAUGCCGUGCGCGACUUUGGCGCUUUACUCGCGCCCGUUGCAUGCUGGGAACGGCAGUUCGCCCGACCGGCUACGUCGGCGCGAGAUGGCGGAACUCACGUGGCAUGCGCGACAGACAUUCGGAUCAACUAGAAUACAGACUGAAGCCCUACGACUUCUCACCGGUUUGCGCUCUCGCCGAGGCUCCGGCUGCUUGCGGACCGGCCUCCUUCGUUCCGCUUCUCCCCACUCCGAAAGUUUAAGGUAGGCCCUGGGGCGCGGAGGACUUGGGUCCCGGCCAAGACGGUUGAGGCAUGCCUGCGUUGUCCCGCCGGUGAGGGAAGGAGGCAAGUUCGCCCUCGGCGCUGCAGCUGCGUAGUCCGGGCAGCUGGCACCAGGUAGGCUCCAGACCCAAGGUUUGUCUGGAGAAGGGGACCACUCAUGCGGGAUGGUCUGGGGGUGGGCAGGGGGGCGCAGAGGUCCAGAUACCGGCGGAGCCGGUCUUGUGGUCCCAUUGGGGACUUGGGCUUUCAGGUAAUGAGGAGGAGGGACCGGCGGUGUAGCCAGAGGGCUGUUAAUGGGUGGGUGUGGAGGUUUGGUGGGCUGCGUGGGUGUAAUAGAGGUCUGGUGGGAGUGUUAUUGGGGAAUCGGUGAGGGCUAAAAGGCGUGUUUUAGUCGAUGUGUUCAAGGGGGCCAAUGGGAUGUGUUCGUUAAUUAAUGAGGGGAUGGUAGAGUGGGCAACUAGAAGAUAAUGGGAGGUAGGUAGGAGUGUGAUCCUUGAGGGACUGAUGGAGGUAUGAUAUUCAACGGGUUAAAGAGUGGUGGGGCAUAGUGAUUGAAAGGAUAAUGGUGCGACCGUGGAGGGAAUAAUAGAGGCCAGUAAAAGUCAUGAUCAAGGAACUAAUGGGAGUAGUGAUCAAAGAAGAGAGAAUGAGAGGCUGAAGGGGUGUUGUAAUCAAAAGAUUUUAGUGGGUGAUGAUGGUAUGAUCAUUGAAGAAUUAAUAGGAGCAGAGUGAGCAAAGAGGGGGUAAUAGUAAGCUGUUGGGUGUGAUCAUCAAGUGAUUGUUGGGUGGGGAUAAAGGUGGGCAGUGAGGGGAGAAUGUGGAACUGAUGUAUGAUUAUCAGGGAUUAACAUGAAUGUGUGGUAGUGAAGGGUUACAAGGGGCUAGUGGUGUGAUCUAUGAAGGAUCAGUUGGAGGGCCAGGUUAAUGGGGACUGAUAAAUCAUAGUAAUUGAGAGCUCGAUGGGGGACUAAUAGGCCAUGAUUCUCCAGGCAUUAAUGGGGGGGCGGUGAUAAAGAUGUAGUAAUAAGGGAAUUAUUGGGGGCCUAAUCACUUCAGGGGAGAGAGAUUAAGGAGGUGGGGAGUGCAGUGAGGUAGUAUGAGGAUAAUGGGGUGAAAACAAGGGAUUAAUGGGGGGCUAGUAGGGCUAUAUGACUCUAGGGGCAAUGAGGAGAGCUGGGAAGACAGUAAGAUGUUAUUGGGGGUAAGGUGGGCAGAGAAGGGUUGAUAGUAGGGUUUAAUAUGUGGUGUGUGAGUGACAGCAGUGGGAGGUGGACAGGGUCAGUAAUGGGUCAUCUAUGAGAUAUGGGUUGGGUUUGUGGGAUCUUUGGGGGGGAUCUGUGGGGUUAGUGAUGGAGCCUGAGAGCUCAGUGGUGGGGUCCUUCAGGCUCAGUGAGGUCAUUGGGGUUAGUGACUGGGCUCCAGCCUUCCCACCUGUUGAGUGAGCUGUCACAUGGAUCAGAUGAGCCCGGUUUAGUUUUUGUGGUUCUCGCUGCCCUGCAGAGGUAGGUGAUGGCCCACUUACUGAUAUAGGGCGGCGUCAGCUUACUGUUGGCAGGUCCCUGGGCAAACAGUGUGUGAGAUGGGACGGACGUCAAAGGAUAAGCGGGAUGUCUACUACCGCCUAGCCAAGGAGAAUGGCUGGCGUGCCCGCAGUGCCUUCAAGCUGCUACAACUUGACGAGGAAUUCCAACUCUUCCAAGGUGUGACGCGGGCAGUUGACCUGUGCGCGGCCCCGGGCAGCUGGAGCCAGGUGCUGAGCCAGAAGAUUGGGGGCCAGGGGUCCGGCCACGUGGUGGCCGUGGACCUUCAGGCUAUGGCUCCACUACCAGGUGUGUUACAGAUCCAGGGGGAUAUCACCCAGCUGUCCACUGCCAAGGAGAUCAUCCAGCACUUUGAGGGCUGCCCCGCGGACCUAGUGGUGUGCGACGGGGCUCCUGAUGUAACCGGCCUCCAUGAUGUUGAUGAGUAUAUGCAGGCCCAGCUCCUCCUAGCCGCUCUGAAUAUUGCUACACAUGUCUUGAAGCCAGGGGGCUGCUUUGUGGCCAAGAUCUUCCGAGGCCGGGAUGUGACACUGAUCUACAGUCAGCUGCGUGUCUUCUUCUCCACCGUGCUCUGUGCCAAGCCCAAGAGCAGCCGGAACUCCAGCAUUGAGGCCUUUGCUGUCUGUAAGGGUUAUGACCCCCCUGAGGGCUUCCUGCCGGACCUGACCAAACCCCUGCUGGACCACUCUUACGAUCCAGAUUUCAACCAAUUAGAUGGUCCCACCCGCAUCAUUGUACCAUUUGUGACCUGUGGGGACCUGAGUGCAUAUGAUUCGGACCGCAGUUACCCACUGGAUCUAGAGGACGGCUCAGAAUACAAGUAUACUCCGCCCACGCAGCCCCCCAUCUCACCACCAUACCAGGAGGCCUGCACCUUGAAGAAGAAGGGGCGGCUGGCCAAGGAGAUGCGCCCCCAGGACUGCCCCAUCAGCACGGUGGACACGUUGCCCCAGUCCCUGGCCGCCCCACAGCGCCACACCCUGCUGGCCUCUGAGGUGGAAGACAGUGAAAUGAACUGUUCGCCUUAAGAUGUUAAGUUAGCUGGCAAUCUGAUAAGGACUCGGAAGCUGUUUGCUGUCAGGAAAACCAGAACUUGAGUUGAUGAACUUGUUUUCAAAUAUCUCAUCAACCGGUCCUGAACAUACAAGCUCCGAGUGGGAACCUGCAGCAACCACCAGGAACACAGCGAGGAAAGAAACAUCACGGAAUGUCCGUCUGCACUGCAGAGGGGAUUCUUGAGUGGGGUCUUGCCUCUUCUCUAAAUCUUUCCAGCCGUGUCCUGAUUAUGUCCAGAAUUUACCCUGAGAGCGGGGGUUCUUAACCUUGGUAGAAGUCAGGGUUAUGUGUGGAUUUGAUGGAGGGAUAUAUUACAUCUUUAUUUUCACUAAAUAUAACUGAAAUUUUAGCUGUACCCCCGGAUCUGAAUGUUGGCGUCAAAUCACAAUAGUAAAAGCAGUGCCUGCAACUUCCACCAAUACAGAUCACAGUUACUUUUUUAUGUUAUGUUACAGUCGUUGCAGGCAUCUUAAAAUAUUGUUCACAUUGGUCACUACUUUGAAUAAGAUCUUAAAAUUUGAUGUAUUAAUAAAAAAAGUUCAUAUAGCA